AGCCACAUAUUUCACUACUACCCGUGUCAUCAUAACGAAAAUCCUGUGCAACCUUUCUUUGUUGACGAAAUGAGACAAGAGACCGACCAAGCCACCAACUAAUUUGCAAUUUGUAACUUAUUGUCAUUUCACGAACAAUGUGACUGAUUUAUUUCACUUCUGUUUAAAGACGACCCGGACCGAUUAACAGCCAUAAAUACUUCACCCCUUGCCCUCUCCAACGCCCAUUUUUAACUCAACUUCAUUCUCGGCACGUCUCACUCACUCAUUCAUUUGCACUUCAAAAUAUUUUUGCACAAUAGAAAAUUUGAAAAAAAGAAAUGGAUUUGAAAACUUUUUUCCUCAUAAUUUCCACCCUAAUUUCUUCCUCUUCCUGUAACGCUGAUCAGAAUAUUAAUAUUACCACGGAACAAAUUGUCCCAAUAACGACGACGGCACAAAGUAAUAUUGUUACGACAGAGAAAGUGUACCCACCUGUGAAAAAUAGUACUACGAAAAUCCUCCGAAAUCCGAAAUUCGGAUUUAAUCUGCCCGGAAAUAUACAAAUUCCUGGUUUAACCGAUAUAACUACGACGCCAUAUCCAAACUAUGCGAACGAUAUUAGCAAUCAGCAAGGAAAUCUUGGCAGCGAUCCGACCAGACUUGUUGACCCUGGUGGUGUCGGUAUUGCGUCGACUAUCGCGUUGGUCAAGGGUGGUGUCCUUGGAGGAUUAACGGCUCUAAAGGCGGCCGUCCUGCCGCCACUCUUUAUCGGAGCGGUUAUCGUAUUUUUGGUCGCUGGGGCUGCCUUUUUUGCUUGUAAUGUCGUCAAUUGUAGAGGAUUCUUGGGCAAUUUUGGAGGAUUGGGGUCCACAUUCGGGGGUGGGGGGUCGUCACCUUUUUCCAGCUUGUUAAGUCGAAACGAAUUUGACUCUUCGCCCUCCUACUACGGGGGCAGCCCUUCGUCCUCCCUUGACCCUUACAACUACUACGAAAACCAGGUCCAACCCGUCUACCAAGCUUUGGACGAAGGAUACAAAAAAUACGACGGAAGUAAAAAAUCAAUUGAUAAACAAUAAUAAUAAAAACACUAAUUUUUUAAAAAACUGAAACCAUUAUUUCCUAAUUGAUUUUUCUCAGUCGGUUUGUUUAUCUAUUUGGUGAAAGGCAGUAAAAUAUGAUCACUUCGUGCUAAACUUGUUCCAUGGUGGAUCCAUUUUAUCACGUUAUUUUCAUUACUUUACUCGAUCGUAAAAAUGCGAAAUGUAAUGCAUCCAAAAUUAGGAUAUACCUACGCAUCUUAGAAAUAUAUAUAUUUUUAUUGACACCAAAGUAGAUUUCUAGUUCAGUAGGUGGAACGUAACGUCGGAGUGAAAUCUGUUCGGAUUUGCCAGUCAGGAAAAAAAUUGAAGUAUUCAAAUUCCAUCUUCUUCGAGAUGAUGAUGAUCUGCAGAUUUUUGCACAUAAUUUUUCUAAUCUCUUCGCUAAAACCGGGGUCAUCCUUAAGCUCCAGAAAUUCGUCAAACAGCAAAGUUUGGAAGGCUCCCAAAGUGACCGAUAAUUUGGUCACGUUACAAAGUUUUCUGGAUAAAGUGACCCGAAUUGGGACGUCAUCACCAGCACCAGUACCACCACCCGACGCCCUGGCCCGAUACGCGUUCACGUACCAUUUUCUAAAACCAAACGAUACGAUUAGCAUCACUUCCACGGCCGCGACGACGACGACGGCAACGACGACACAAUCGUCAGGAGGAAAUUCGACCAUGGCGGCCAGCGCGAUUCAAGACGUCAUGUCUCAAAUUCAAGACCCUUUUAAGCACGGCGUGACCUCUGCCCUGCUUGCGGGCUUGUACAUCCUCGCCCUCGUCUCCCUCACCGUCUUCGCCACGACGGGCACGAUCGCCUUCGUCUGCUCGUUCGUGGACUGUCGGAACUUUUUCCUGGGGAUGAAACCAGACUCGUCGAUGCCGAGAAGGAUGCGGUCAAACGAGGUCAUCGGAGGUCAAAGUGUACUAUUUGGGGGGACACCGAUCAGAUUUUGGGAUGAAGGAUGGCCUGAAAUGGUGCAAUUUUUCGAUAAGUUGCAACCUUAUCAUCAUCAUACUUAAUUAUAAUUGCUGAAAUUAAUUAGCAAAAAAUAUGAAUAAAU